UUUCCGGUCACGGUGCCCAUUUGUUUAUCAAACGCCUCUGAACGCGUUUAUUUUUCUUAGUUCAAGAAGUGAGCUCCACAGUCGGUGUGCUUCUGUCCAGAACGCGAGGACUGUACGACGGCUCAUCACACAGAUACAGAAGUCCCAUUUCUAUUAAAAUGCAGAUUAGAUUAGAUUAGAUUACGAGCAGUCUGUGUGGUUUGAAUGCGAUAUGAGGGAUUCGACUGCAAAAUAAAUGUGAUUAUAACCUCCACGCAGUGUAGUCUGCUGCUGCGGAGGCUGCGCAUCAACAUGCUCGCACUUAAGAAGGGAUAUUCAUAUACUGGAGUAUUGUGAAGGAUUUUCUAAAUGGGGGUAUUUUAAAACUCAUUUUUUUUAAAAAUAACUCAUGCAAUGCAAGCCGUUUCUCGACGUUCUGUUACCGGAUGCUCGGUGUCUAGGAGGGGAUUGGAAAACUUCGCUUUUGGCUGAGGGAUUUGUUUAUGAAGAAAAGAACUCUGUCGAUUUAAAUCUACGUUGAAGCUGAGAUUCUCGUUUUCUUUCAGGCCGGGUCCUGGAGCGAGGCCUCCUGGUUGCUAUGGAGAUGGCUUCUCUGGAGAGGCAGGUGGAAAGCGUGGAGCGGAACAUCAGCUUCCUGCGCAAGGAGCAGUUGGCUCUGCUGCACGGGCUGCACCUGGAGAUCCUAACCCUGCAGAAACAGUGUGCUGAGCUGACUUGUGAACUUGAUAAGAAGCCUCCUGACAGAAGCCAAGCAGAGGCAGAAGAGCAGCUGCGGGAGGAGCUGGCUGCGCGGUGCCGACGGGCCGAGGCUCACCUCGGAGACCAGGAGCGCGGCAACGAGGAUCUGCGCAAGGAGCUGAGCCACAAGGGGGCGCUGGUGGGGGCGCUGCGGAGCAGCCUGAAGGAGAAAGAGCGCCGCUUCCUGGAGGAACUGAAGCGGCGCAGCCACAGGGUCACCGUGCUCAACACUGAGCUGCAGAAACAGUCCGAGACGGCCGCCUACCUCUCCUUCCAGCUGCACGUCGCUCGGCAGAAACUGCACAGGCAGCCCCCCGCCACCACCCUCCCCCCGCCAAACCUCAAGCCCAAGAGACGCAGUCACAAGCAGUCAGCACACGCCCUGGCGGCUAUCGAGCUCCGUUCAGAGCGAGUCCGGGACUGCGUGCCCAGGGAGAAAGUAACCGGCCCGGAAGAGCCCCGCGCCAUGCCUGACCCCGCCCUGUUUCUCUACCCCCGCAGGCACCGGCACCGGCAGCACAGCCACAGCAGCCAGGCUGCAACGCCCCCUGCUGGGCACAGGAGAGCCAAGGCACAGCGCGAUGGAACCAGGGCAGGAGAGGGAGCAGAGGCAGUCUCUGGAGGCCAGGGGGAGGUGGAGGUAACAGAGAUGCUGCCCCCUGCAGGAGAAGAGGAAGAUGAGCAAUAGACUGUGCAUUAUAACCCCCCCCCCCCCCCCCCCCGCCCCUCCUAUUAGAUGAGUAGCCGCACUGUAACCACUGUAGCCUAGGGGUGUGCAGACAGCUGAUCCUUAAAAGUGUUCCUAAGAUUUUAACAUGUGUUUUCUCUUUAUCACCGUGGAGCUGAAGUUUUCUAAUAAUACUUUUUCCUCACACUCUAUAUAGAGCAGUCUUCCGCCCAGGGUAGAUGGGUAGCUGUUGGCAUCCCCUAAUUUUUCUUUGCUGGGCAGAGUCUUCCCUACUUUAAUAACAGAGUCUAAUAGCUCCUUUGAAAGGUACACUCUGUCGAGCACAGAAAGCAUUGGGGGCUCAAAAUCAUAACUAAACAUACAGAAGGUAAUUGUAGUUUAGUUCUGCUGCCACCCAGGACAUGAUUGUGAAGAACCAGUUACUGCACCCUGAAGAGCACAGCACACACAGUGGAGAACACAGGAAGGAGUGCUGCUGGCACCCCCUGCUGGCAUGAAGAAGAACAGCAGGUUUUAAAAAUAUUUAUAUUGCAUUAUAGAUUAAUAGGUUGUUGAAAGAAUACAACAUAUAAGCAUUAUAUUCCAACUAAAUAAGACCAAUAUACUGUAUUUAGAAAAAAAUAAAUAAAUAUAUAUAUAUAUAUAUAUAUUGUAAUAUGAGAAUAGGCCAAUGGAAAAGUGAAGUCGCUUUUGUAUACCUGUUUAUUUGUUGUUUAUUUGUUAGGUUCAAAUCUGGUUGGAUUCAGAAGAUCCUGCAUACUUUUUGAUCGUAGAUCUGCAGUGAAAAGCUUCCCUGUACUGUAAUGGUAAACUUCAGGACUGCAGGACAAACCUAAGAGCAGUUCAAUUAAACACAGAGGGAGUUACAAUCCCUGUAACAGUGCAGACACCCCACUGGGGCUAAAGGAGUGCUAACAGGACCGGCCUCAAUGGGUUGAACAACCUCAUCUCUGCUUUGAAUGUUUUUUUCCAGGACCUUUUUAAUUACUGCGGCUAUGGAGGAGGAGAAGUUUCCAGCAAGAUGUCAUUAACCCUGUAGAGGCUGCAACCGAAUCAGCAGCACAAACAGCAACAGCUGAACAUUGCAGUGAUGAGUGAAAUAGAGGGGUGGGCUUUUUAACAGCUAUCUGGAAUGUAUAGAACCUGCUUUCUGUUUCCCAGCAAUAACGGCACUCCUUUCAGCACCCGUAUGAAUGCAGUACUAAGCGCCCUGCAGAGAUCUUCUCCGCUCAUUUCCCUGAUCACUACAAUACUUCUCUUCCUGCUGCUUAUCUUCAUGCCUUUUAGUACCGCGCACACUGUGGCUGCUUGACCAGAACGGCCCCUGUACCUGUAUUGUAAUAAACUUCAUAGUUGAUUAAGCCUGUUGCACAAGCUGUUUGUUAUUCAUUUAUGCUUGGUUUGCUGUCAUAGCCAAGGGAUGCUUGGUUCUGUAUGGGCCAUAACACUUUUGAAACAUUGGCAUUCCAAUAGAACUCUGGUGGCUGGUAUUCAAUCUAAGGCAGCGAUUGGCUUAAUUGGUUUCAUACAGUUUAGAAAUACACGUCUGAUUACACGUCCAAGCAGGCAUCGGAUCAUGUUGGCAGCGUUUCCUGUUUGGGUGAAGCAGGGGACCGCUCUGCAGAAAAUCCUCAGUGGUGUCGAUCGUUGUCUUCAUUAGCAGUGGUGUAAUGCGACUGUGUUACUGUGUACAAUCGUACAGUGAGUGCUUUGUUGCCUGGGCUGUAAUUCAAACCUUGCACACAGACCGUUGUAUCCUGUAUAGUUUAUUCAGCAGCAGAUGGUGCUGUUUGCUUGCAGAAACCGCAGUUUGCAUGGUGUAGAAUCCGGU